UUACUGUCAACCUGUUGUUGUUGAUUCUCUGCUGCUUGGGCGCGUCGUUUUGUUUUCCCGCUUUUCGUGCCCUCAGGAAAAAUGUUUAUUAAUUGUUUUGUAGGCUGAAGAUGGCGCAAUACACGCCCCGCCAGGCGCUGGCCACGCCGGCCGCCCACGAGUUCGGGUUCCCGCACACUCCGUACGAAAUCCAGGAGCAGCUGAUGCAGGAACUCUUCCGGGUGUUGGAAAAUGGUCAGGUGGGCAUAUUUGAGAGUCCCACAGGCACCGGCAAGUCCCUGACCCUCACCUGCGGUGCCCUCACCUGGCUGGAGCGACACGAGUCCUUGGUAAAGUCCGAAAUGCUGGCGAGGAUCGUUGCCGUCGAACAGGAGCUGGAAAAGUUGCAGACGGAAGGCGAGCGGGCGACCGACUGGCUGGAGGCUCAGGGUAAGUCCCGACUACAGCGGGAGGAGCUUCAGAAGCUGCAACACGUACGGGGACUGCUGGAGAAGCGAGAACAGCAGCUGGCGGAGAUGAGAGAGCGUGUGAAGAGCAGGAAAAAGCAGAAGAGCCGAGAGUCUAGGCCGAAGGUGGAGGAAGCGAAGGAGGAGGAGCCGGCCUCUGAUUCCGACUCGGAUGGAGAGCAUGAGACUGCCGAUAGCACCGAGGAGCCCUCGGAGGAUCGGUAUCGUCCCGUACAGAUAUUUUUCUGCAGUCGCACGCACUCGCAGCUGGCGCAAAUAGUUUCAGAGCUGCGCAAGACCCCGCAUGGCAAGUGGGUGAGAUGCAUCUCCCUGGGCUCUCGCCAGCAGCUGUGCGGCAACCCCCAGGUGCGGCGUCUGAAGCAGGUUGGGCUGAUGAACGAGCGCUGCUUGGAGAUGGCCACCCAGAAGAAAUCCCAAGCGAAUCCCAGCAAGAAAAGUCGCCUUAGCGAAGCAGAAGCACCCAGCCAAGGCAGAUGUCCGUUGAAGACGCAAUCUCUGGUGGACUCCCUCAAGGACUUGGCCCUCAGUGAGCCCCUGGACAUUGAGGAAUUGGCCACGGAGGGUGCAGCAUGUGGGGCCUGCUCGUACUAUGCCUCCCGAGCUGCACUGGAUCAGGCCCAGCUUAUAUUGCUGCCGUAUCAGCUGCUGCUUCAGAAAUCCGCCCGCCAGCAGCUGGGCAUCAAUCUCAAGGGAAGCGUUCUUGUUGUGGACGAGGCACACAAUCUCCUCGAUAGUUUGGCACAGCUACAUGGCGCCGAGAUCAACAAACAGCAGCUGGAAAGGGCCCGGACCGAGAUCUCUGCCUACAAGGAGCAGUUUCAAAAGCGUUUCAGCACCAGGAAUCUCUUAAAGAUCAACCAGCUCAUCUUCAUAGUCAAGCGGCUGCUGAAAAUUCUGGAGCAAGCUGAGUCCUCGAGGAUGCUGCGUACCUACGAACUGACCGCCGAGAGUGACUUCUUUAACAUUGAUCUCCACGAGCUAUUGGAGUUCUGUGCGCGUACCCGUUUCGCACGCAAGGUGCAGGGCAAUGCGGCCAGGAUGCAAAGGGAGCCGCAGCCCAGCGAGAAUCAACCGCCAUCGGCGCGAAGUCUAAUACUCCAGCGAUUGACCAAGGAGCACGAGGAGAAGGAGAAGCCCAAGCAGGGCAAGAGGAAACUGGAGGAUAUGCAGGAACCUGCAGGGGAGAAGAAGGAGCCCACAGUGAAGCCCCUGCUGGAAGUGGCUCCCUCGCCGAUUAGACCUUGCUUGGCCUUUCUUGAGACACUCACCAGCGAUGCGGCGGAUGGUAGGAUACUGCUUGAUCCUCAGGGAGGAACCUUUAAGUAUUUGCUCCUGGAUCCCGCUGAGCAAUUUGCCGAGAUCCUCCAAGAUGCCAGAGCAAUUGUGAUUGCUGGUGGCACCAUGCAGCCCACUCAGGAGCUGAAGGAGCAGCUGUUUGCCACUUGCCAGGAUCGUUUGGUGGAGCGUUUCUACAGCCAUGUGGUGCCCGAUGAUGCAGUAUUACCCUUUGUGAUACCCAACGGCCCCAAGGGUGCUCCCCUGCGCUUUAACUUUGCCCAGCGAGGAAGUGCGGAGAUGCUUCAGGAGCUGGCCAUGGUGCUUCAGAAUCUCUGCCAGGUGAUACCAGGCGGUGUGGUUUGUUUGCCCUCCUAUGACUAUCUGGACAAGGUCCACAAGCAUCUAGAGCAAUCGGGCAGCCUGGAGAGAAUUUUACGCAAAAAGACUGUCUUUCGGGAGGUCUCCGGAUCGGCGGAUCAGCUGCUGGAGAAGUAUGCCAAGGCCAUUAAGGAAUCUUCGGAAUCAACGGGAUUGUCGGGAGCUCUACUUCUCAGUGUGGUUGGUGGCAAACUCUCCGAGGGAUUGAACUUUGCCGAUGAUCUCGGCCGAGCCGUUCUGGUUGUGGGUCUGCCCUAUCCCAACCGUCAGUCGCCGGAGCUGGAGCAGCGCAUGCGGCAUCUGGACGAGAAGCUGGGCCCCGGCUCUGGCAACGAAUUCUACAAGAAUCUCUGCAUGAAGGCGGUGAAUCAAUGCAUCGGACGAGCCGUUCGCCACAUCAGGGACUAUGCCUGCGUCUACCUGCUGGAUGAGCGUUACGCUAGUCCCAGGAUACGGGGCAAGCUGCCGGAAUGGAUAGCCCGUCACAUUGUGGAGGCGGCCGCCGGGAAGGGCGGUUUCGGGGCAGUUCAAGCCCAAACAGCAAGGUUUUUUAAGGGAAGAUAGAAACAGGAAUCUAAAUUUUUUAUAUUUCUUGGAAAAUAUGUUUUUUAUGUUUAU